AUGCCGGUGAAGAACCGGUACAACCUGGUGGACGAUGGCUGCGACUCCCGCGUCCCGCUGCACAACGAGGAGGCCUUCCAGCACGGCAUCCACUUCCAGGCCAAGUACAUCGGUAGCUUGGACGUACCCAGGCCCAACAGCCGCGUGGAGAUUGUGGCAGCCAUGAGAAGGAUUCGGUAUGAAUUCAAAGCCAAGAACAUUAAGAAGAAGAAAGUGAGCAUCAUUGUGUCCGUGGACGGGGUGAAGGUGAUUCUGCGCAAGAAGCAGAAGAGAAAGGAGUGGACCUGGGACGAGAGUAAGAUGGUGGUGAUGCACGAUCCCGUGUACAGAAUCUUCUAUGUGUCUCACGACUCGCAAGACCUGAAAAUAUUUAGUUACAUUGCAAGGGAUGGUGCUAACAACUCCUUCAGGUGCAACGUCUUCAAAUCGAAAAAGAAGAGCCAGGCGAUGCGGGUGGUGCGGACGGUGGGGCAGGCCUUCGAGGUGUGCCACAAGCUGAGCCUGCAGCACGCCCUGCAGAACGCCGACGGGCAGGCGGACGGUGCCAGCGACAAGUCGGCCGAGGAGCAGCCGCUGGAAGUUCACCAGAUAAAGGGCUCCAAGAUCACGGAUGCGGAUGAGGUUGGCAUCGACUCUGACAGCAUCUGUGUGUCCGAGAGGGGACCCGGAGAGCUGCCUGCUGCCAGGGGAGACCUCGGCAUGCUGAAACCUGGGCAAGCCUCAAAGGAUAAGAACUGCCAGGAUGCCGAGAACUGCUCCCUCCACCCAGCCAGCUCCCAGCAGCUGCUCAGCCCGAGCAGCCCCUGCUCCUCGGCCUCCAUCACCCCGCUGGCCUCCCAGCACUGCCUCCAGCUGCUCCAGCAGCAGCUCCUCCAGCAGCAGCAGCAGACGCAGGUGGCCGUGGCCCAGGUGCAGCUGCUGAAGGACCAACUGGCGGCCGAAACGGCGGCGCGGAUCGAAGCCCAGGCCCGGGUGCGGCAGCUCCUGUUGACCAACCGUGACCUGCUGCAACACGUCUCCUUGCUGGUGCGGCAGCUGACGGUGCUGGAAGCCCGGGAGCAACACCGGCAGCCGGUUGACCGCUCCUUGCAAAACCUGUCCCUGGCUCAGUCCCUCUCCCUGAACCUGAAGAACCACUACAGCCUGGACGUCCACCUGCCGUCCACCUCCACCCCCGCCAGCAUCCUGGGCAGCCCCGUGGCCCCCGGCUCGCUGCCAGCCCUGGCGCCCGGGGACUCCUACCUCAACCUCAUCAGCCUGGAGAGGGGCAGCCACCGCUACGGCAGCAAGGAGGGGGACGAGUGCCUGGCUGUGCUGGAGGGGCAGGAGGGCUUCAGCCGGCGCGUGGAGGGCUCCGAGGUCAGCGAGUUCGCCCUGCUCAACGGGAGCAGCCGGCAGAAGGUGGAUGACACGGACAGAGGGGACGAGGACAGGCGGCAGCAACCCAUUCCCAAGCUCAACCCGCCACCGCCCAUCCUACGUAAAAGGUCAAGCAAGACCUCCCCGAGCCUGGAAGUGGAGGUGAAGCCGAGAGCACUGCCCACAUGA